AUGGUGCAGCACUUAGAAACGUUCCUUGCGGCGCUCCUGGUGGCCUCCGGCGUUUCUGCCGGCCCUGCUCCGGCGCCAACCCCGGCCCCGAGACUGGAAGAUGCCGUCAUAAAGAGAGGCAACACGUCGGUAUCAUGCACGUUCAGUGGAUCGGAUGGAUACUUGUCAGCCAAUGCAUCUAAGACAGCUUGUGCGACCAUCGUACUGUCGGCAUUGACAGUACCCGCAGGGAUCACUUUGGACAUGGAAGGUCUUAACGACGGCACCAAUAUCGUAUUCGUGGGCAAUACCACGUUCGAGUACGCGGAAUGGUCCGGAUCUCUCUUCUCUGUAAGCGGCAACAACAUCACCGUCCGCGGCGCUCCGGGGUCCUCCCUCGACGGCCAAGGCGCUCUGUACUGGGACGGGAUGGGCAACAGCGGCGGCGUGACCAAACCCAAGUUCUUCAAGGCCAACAACCUGAACAACUCGAUGCUCGACUCCGUUGUCAUCCGCAACGCGCCCCGCAACUCCUUCAGCCUCAAUUACGUCAAUAAUCUACUCGUUAAGGAUGUUGUCGUCGACGACUCGACGGGUGAUGCGCUGGGGAAGAACACCGAUGGGUUUAACAUCAACAACGCGAAUAAUGUCCUCAUCACGGGCGCGAAAGUCUGGAACCAGGAUGAUUGUGUGGCGAUUAACAGUGGUCAGAAUAUUGUAUUUACGAAGGGGUUUUGCUCUGGAGGACAUGGGCUCUCAAUUGGCUCGAUAGGGGGGCAGGAUAACGACAAUGCGGUGCAGAAUGUGACGUUUUCGGAUACCGUCAUGGAGAAGUCGCAACAGUCGGUGCGCAUCAAGAGCAUUUCGGGCGCAAAUGGUACAGUGGCGGACAUCACGUACCGCAAUAUCUUCAUGAGCGGUGGCACCGACUACGGCAUUAUCGUGGACCAGUCGUACAAUGGUGUUGAUGGGGAGCCGACGAAUGGCGUCAGUAUUACGGGAUUCGUGUUGCAGAAUGUCACGGGCACGGUGAACGACAAUGCGACGAAUAAGUAUAUCGAGUGUGGAGAGGGGAGUUGCAGUGAUUGGACGUGGACAGAUGUUCAGGUGACAGGGGGGCUGAACAGCGCGAGCUGUAUGAAUGUGCCUGAGGGCAUUUCUUGUUGA